AUGCCUCUCAGACUUUACUCUAGAUUUUCAUGCAUUUUUGAAACCAUGAUGAAUCUCUCUAUAGUGACUCACUUUGUCCUGCUUGGCAUCCCGCACACAGAGGGUCUGGAGACCACACUCUUUGUCCUGUUUUUAUCUUUCUACAUCUUUACUCUGGUGGGGAACCUGCUCAUACUCCUUGCAAUUGUAUCUUCUACUAGGCUUCACACCCCCAUGUACUUUUUCCUGUGCCAGCUGUCCAUGUGUGACAUAUUCUUCCCUUCAGUUAGCUCUCCCAAGAUGCUGUUCUACCUCUCAGGAAACACCCAAGUAAUCUCCUAUGCAGGCUGUGUGUGCCAACUCUUCUUCUACCAUUUCCUGGGUUGUACUGAAUGUUUUCUGUACACAGUGAUGGCCUAUGACCGCUUUGUGGCCAUAUGCCAUCCUCUAAGGUACUCAACAAUCAUGAAUCACAGAGUGUGUGUCAUCCUGGCCACAGGGACAUCAUUUUUUGGCUGCAUUCAGGCUACCUUUCUGACCACUCUCACUUUCCAGUUGCCCUACUGUGGUCCCAAUGAGGUGGACUAUUACUUCUGUGACAUCCCUGCUAUGGUAAAACUGGCUUGUGCAGAUACAUCAGCCCUGGAGAUGGUGGGGCUCAUCAGUGUGGGCCUGAUGCCCCUCAGCUGCUUCUUCCUCAUCCUCACCUCCUACAGCUGUAUCCUCUUCUCAAUUCUGCAAAUCCAAUCUGCUGAGGGGAGGCAUAGAGCUUUCUCCACCUGCAGUGCCCAUCUUACUGCCAUCCUCCUCGCCUUUAUGCCCGUGGUCCUCAUAUACCUCCAGCCUACCCCCAAUCCCUGGCUUAAUGCAGCUGUGCAGGUCUUGAAUAACCUGGUCACACCCAUGCUGAAUCCUUUGAUCUAUAGCCUGAGAAAUAAAGAAGUAAAAUGCUCUCUGAAGAAAGUACUACAGCAAGUGCCAAUUCUGUCUAAGAAAUGA